GGUGGGCACAGCCUGUUCCGGCUCUCUGCGAUGGAAGUGAAGAUGAUCCACGUGGCCCUGCUGGUCUUUUUCCUGCUCUCGGUUGCCAUGACCAGCUGCUUCUUGUGGCAGUACAGCCUUCCCAAGGUGGAGCCCAGCCCAAUGGUGAUGGAGGUCAAGCCAGAAGCAGUGCAGAUGUGUCCCCGUUACCCAGAUCCUGUACCUCUGGACCACCCAAUCCCAAUCUUGAAGGAUGCUCUGGAAAAGGUGGACAUGCUUCUUCGUCACAAAAUCCACAGCCCUGGAAUGCCGGCCCUCUCAGCCAUAGUCAUCUACAAUGACACGGUACUGUGGACAGGCAACUUUGGGAGACGAAAUGGCUCUGACCCCUUCUCUGGCAUUCCCAACGAAUACACCAUUUAUAGGAUCGCUAGUGUCUCCAAGAUCUUCCCCACCAUCAUGUUGUACAAGCUGUGGGAGGAAGGGAAGGUGACGUCGCUCGAUGACCCUUUAGAACGUUAUGCUCAGAGCUUCACGAUUAAGAACCCUUUGGGACGGCUCAAAGAGUCCGAGCAGAGGCACGCGGCGGACGGACUCAUCUUCCUGGAGAAGGGAUCGCUGCCCCUCAAGCCGUCACCUGUGACACUGCGUAGGAUGGCCAGCCAGCUCUCUGGUUUGCCCAGGAGGCUGCGUUCCACCAGUCUGUUGUGGAAAGGGACCACCCAAGAGGCGUUGGCUCUGUUGAAGGAUGAUGUCCUGGUGGCUGAUCCAGGAACCAGGUGCCAUUACAGCAACUUGGCCUUCUCACUAAUGGCGCAUGUGCUCGCAGAACAUGCCGCUGAGGGGGAGUACCAGCGCUGGGUCUCUGAGAAUAUCCUAGACCGUUUGGGGAUGGAGGACACGGGCUUUGACAUCACGCCUCCCAUACGAUCCCAAAUGGCUGCCGGUUUCUACAGCAGCGGGCAACCUGCUCCCCUCUAUGACCUGGGCUGGUACAGGCCUUCCGGCCAGAUGUACUCCACCGCUGCUGACCUGGCCAAGCUAGCCAUGGUUUUCCUGGGCACUUACCACCGGCGUCUUCUGGAGCCGGACACUGUGAAGACCAUGCUAACACCCCUCUUCAAGUGCUCCAGUGAGUACUUUGCCAACAAGACCGGAACGCCCUGGGAAGUCAAUGAGCAGCUUGGCUAUGACAUCAUCAGGAAGGAUGGUGACUUGGAUGGCUACUCAGCCACCUUCUCCCUGGUGCCCAAGCUCCGCUUGAGCUUCAUCGUGCUGAUGGCCGGUCCCCGCCCUCAGGGAAGAGACAUCGUAGCCCAGGCAUAUGAGUAUCUGAUCCCUGCCAUGGAAUCUGCCUUUCGUGAGGCAGAAAAGAGCCUCAACCCGCCUCCAAGUCCCGCCCCUUAUGUGGGCUACUACACCUACUCCAACCUGACUUUCUAUGAGAUCAAGGUUGGUGCUGGUGGAGUGCUGGUCAUGCAGCAAUUUGGGCCACACAUCGAGGAGCUGAUCCCGGAGAAUUAUCGGACCAUCAAGCUGCACCACCUCGAGGACCGUGUCUUCCAGGUGGUCUUUGAGAAGGAGUUUCCAUGCACCCUGCGCUUAGGCUCAGCCUCUGUUUCCCUUGAGACACAGGAUGGGCAGCUGUUUAACUUCUACCCUUUCGACCGGAAGGGAUUGUCGCCUGGAUUUGAUGCUCCUGGCCUGAACACAUACAAUGUCCUACGCAUCCAGCGCAAGCCCGUGUUCUACAGUUAA